AUGUCAAUGGUUGCAGUUUUCAAAAGUUUACUGCUAGCCUACUCAACAGUUGACCUAUUCUAUGCUUUAAAAGCUGCCAUUGCAGCAUUUUCUACACAAAUCAGAGAUGAAUGGCUUCAAUGUUUUUAUCAUGGCCACCCUUCUUGCUUUGAUCCUAAUAUUCAAUGCCGUGAAAUUGACAGUCAAUAUCAGUAUUAUUCAAAGUGCUAUUCAUUUUUUGAACGUCAAGGAAGAUAUUAUGCAAAUUUUACUUGGGAGCAAAUGGUUAUUGGUUUAACAACUUCUUCUGGAGCUCUUCGAGAACUUCCUACUCAAAUUUAUUUGUAA